CCGUUGUUUAAAAAAACUAGCAAGGCCUGCUGUUGUAUCUGCACUGCCCGCAGGCCGCAGCGCACGCAGCUAAGUGAGCAGCCAUGGCAGAGCGAGUUUCACAGCACAUCGUCCACGUUCUCUUGCUCCCGAACCCGACCCAAGGCCACAUCAACCCGAUCCUCGAGUUCGGCAAGCGCCUCGCCGCGCACCGCGGCGUCCAGUGCACUCUCGCCGUGACCCGGUUCGUGCUCAGCAAGAGCGGCCAAUCGUCCGCCGGUGGCGCCGUCCACAUCGCCCCCAUCUCCGACGGCUGCGACCGCGGCGGCUACGGCGAGGCCGGCGGGAUCGAGGCGUGCACGGCCCGGCUGGAGUCGGCCGGGUCGGCGACCGUGGGCGAGCUCCUCCGGUCCAAGGCGGAGCGGGGGCGGCCGGUGCGCGCGCUGGUGUACGACGCGUUCCUGCCGUGGGCGCAGCGGGUGGGGCGGCGGCACGGCGCCGCGUGCGCGGCCUUCUUUACGCAGCCGUGCGCGGUGGACGUGGCGUAUGGGCACGCCUGGGCCGGGCGGGUGGAGCCGCCGCUCCCGCUCGGCGAGGAGCAGCUCGAGCCGCUGCCCGGGCUCCCGGGCGGGCUCAGGCCGUGCGAUCUGCCGACGUUCCUGACCGAUAAGGACGAUCGCGCCUACCUGGACCUGCUGGUGAGCCAGUUCGUCGAUCUGGACACGGCCGACCAUGUCUUGGUCAACUCGUUCUACGAGUUGCAGCCUCAGGAAUCGGACUACAUGGCGUCGACCUGGAGAGCCAAGACGGUGGGUCCAGCGGUCCCGUCGGCGUACCUCGACAACCGGCUGCCGGACGACACAUCCUACGGCUUCCACCUCUACACGCCUAUGACGGAGACGACGAAGGCCUGGCUGGACGCUAGGCCCGCGCGCUCGGUCGUGUACGCCUCUUUAGGCAGCAUCGCCAAGCCAGACGCGGCUCAGACGGCGGAGAUGGCGGAGGGGCUGUACGGCAGCGGCAAGGCCUUCCUGUGGGUCGUCAGGGCCUCGGAGAGCGCGAAGCUACCUGAAAACUUCGCCGGCAGGACCACCGAGGAGAGGGGCCUCGUCGUGACAUGGAGCCCUCAGCUCGAGGUGCUGGCGCACCCGGCUGUGGGGUGCUUCGUGACGCACUGCGGGUGGAACUCGACGAUGGAGGCGCUGGGUGCCGGCGUGCCGAUGGUGGCCAUGCCGCAGUGGUCGGACCAGACCAUGAACGCCAAGUACAUCGAGGACGUGUGGCGCGUAGGCGUGCGAGUGCGCCCGGACGGGAGAGGCGUGGUGAGGAAGGAGGAGCUCGAGAGGUGCGUGAGGGAGGUGAUGGAAGGAGAGAGGAGCUUGGACUACAUCCGGAACGCUGCCGGCUGGAAGGAGAAGGCCAGGAGUGCCAUGAGCGAAGGCGGCAGCUCCGACAAGAACGUCCUAGAUUUCCUUGGCGCGCUUGGACUGAAAAAAUAAAUGGCCGGGGCAGAUGUCUUUGGGACUUGCUUGUUUCAGCGCCCCCUCUUCAGUUAUUGUUCUCUUUCCUGGGCCCUUGUUGUUGUGGAAUAAUGUGCGGCGUUGGCUGCAAGGUAAAAUCAGUUGUGACAGUGAAGCUAAUUUACUGAAACUGAUAUGUAGGGGUGAAAACGGGUAGGGUACCCGAAACGGGUACCGGAUACGGAUACUGAUUCGGGACCAUUUUUCGGA